CGAGAGAGGACUGAAGCCUUUGGGAGCCCGUGGCCUUUAAAGUGUGGUUCAUUCCUUUCCUCCAGAGGUAGUUUGUAAACACGGUUGUGCUUGGGCUGUCGGCUGACUGAAAGGCGCAUGAGCUAGUGACCUGGAAAGGGAUACUUACAUGGACACUUGGGAAGCACUGCUUAUUUGAUAAGAGAAGAGUGAUUCUUAGCAACAGAGUGAAUAAAAAGCUCAUGGCCCACCAGCUAGAAAGUACCUUUGCCCUGAAAAUGAGGAUGUGAUAAGUUGUUCAACUUAUGAAAUUCAAGUUACCUGUGAAUUCUGCCAGGCAAUACAAGGACCUGUGGAAUAUGAGUGAUGACAAACCCUUUCUAUGUACUGCCCCUGGAUGUGGCCAGCGUUUUACCAACGAGGAUCAUUUGGCUGUCCAUAAACAUAAACAUGAGAUGACAUUGAAAUUUGGUCCAGCACGUAAUGACAGUGUCAUUGUGGCUGAUCAGACCCCAACACCAACAAGAUUCUUGAAAAAUUGUGAAGAAGUGGGUUUGUUUAAUGAGUUAGCAAGUCCAUUUGAGAAUGAAUUCAAGAAAGCCUCUGAAGACGACAUUAAAAAAAUGCCUCUAGAUUUAUCCCCUCUUGCAACACCCAUCGUAAGAACUAAAAUUGAGGAGCCCUCUGUUGUAGAAACAACUCACCAGGAUAGUCCUUUACCUCAUCCAGAGUCUACUACCAGUGAUGAAAAGCUUGUUCGACCAGUCACCAUGGUGCCUAAUGUCCCAGGAAUCCCAGGUCCUUCCUCCCCUCAACCAGUACAGUCAGAAGCAAAAAUGAGAUUAAAAGCUGCUUUGACACAGCAACAUCCUCCAGUUACUAAUGGAGAUACUGUCAAAGGUCAUGGUAGCGGAUUGGUUAGGACUCAAUCAGAGGAAUCUCGACCACAAUCAUUACAACAACCAGCCACAUCCACUACAGAGACUCCGGCUUCUCCAGCUCACACAACUCCACAGACCCAAAAUACAAGUGGUCGUCGAAGAAGAGCAGCUAAUGAAGAUCCUGAUGAAAAAAGGAGGAAGUUUCUAGAGAGAAACAGAGCAGCAGAUUCAAGAUGCCGACAAAAAAGGAAAGUCUGGGUUCAGUCUUUAGAGAAGAAAGCAGAAGACUUGAGUUCAUUAAAUGGUCAACUGCAGAGUGAAGUCACCCUGCUGAGAAAUGAAGUGGCACAGCUGAAACAGCUUCUUCUGGCUCAUAAAGAUUGCUCUGUAACUGCCAUGCAGAAGAAAUCUGGCUAUCAUACUGCUGAUAAAGAUGAUAGUUCAGAAGACAUUUCAGUGCCGAAUAGUCCACAUCCUGAAGCUAUACAGCAUAGUUCCGUCAGCACAUCCAAUGGAGUCAGUUCAGCCUCCAAGGCAGAAGCUGUAGCCACUUCAGUCCUCACCCAGAUGGCAGACCAGAGUACGGAGCCUGCACUUCCACAGGUUGUCAUGGCUCCUUCCUCCCAGUCACAGCCUUCAGGAAGUUGA